AUGAGAAUAAACUUACUAAUUAUGAUGCUACUGAGCGAUCAAAUAUAUGGAAAGUUUACUUUUGAGAACAUUGAAGAAGUACAAAGAACCACAAGAGUAGGGUCUUCUAAGAAAGAAAUGGAAGUGAACCUUAAUGGGCCUUUAAACCUAUUGCGCGGCUAUAUUUAUGAACAGGAAGGGUAUAUGGCAAAUAAGCGGCUAUUUUCGCCUGAUAUAGUUGCAAACUUCUUGCUAGAGCCGAUUAGUGUGCCGGAUGCCUUUUGGCCUAACUUUAAGAUGACGGUUUCUCGAGCUAAAGACACCCAUUGGAAAACAAAGCAUUCAUCCGACCCAAUAGAAGUACACAAGAGAGUCUUUAAUAAAAUUUUAAUCAGUGCUUUCCCAUCAUCGGAUGGAGAUUACUCAAUAGAAGCAAUGAGAGAUGACUCGUUUUUUAGAUUUAUUCAGAAUGAAGCAGUUAAGCCUCACAUGCCACGCAUUAUGGCUGCGCUUUUUCUUUUAUCUGAGGGAAUAGAUGUGCCUAUUUUCUUUACACAAGAAAGAAAAGACUUUUGUCUUAUUAUGAAUGUAACAAAAGAAAUUUGCUUAAAUAUACCUAUGAGAGUUUCUUUCUUGAACUCAAAAACCAAUGAGCUAGUCCAUAGAGAACAAACAGAGGCAAGGGAUCUAAUACAAUUUUUUAAAGAUUGCUGUACCAUGCCAUAUCUUUAUGAUGUGUUUGGAAUUGAUGAGCCCAAUACAUUAGAAGAGUUUAAAAGUGGUGAAUUUCUUAAUAGCAUAAAGUUCUUUAUACAGGUGUAUAUAUUUAAGCUUGUAAACACUGUUAAGGAAGCACAAAGCAUUAUUGUGGCUGUGUAUGAAAUGCUAGAGUACUGCAUAAAUGAAGAAAAUCACAUUUUGGGGGAUGAAAACCAAAAAAGAGCAAGUGAAGUUCUUAAAAGGUGUUUUUCUCCUGCUUCGCAAGUUAAAAAAGAAAAUAUCUCAUAUUUUGACAGCAUAAAAGAGGUGAAAGCAUGCAUAGACAAGUACAACACAUUUCCUUUCGUGCAUGCUAAACAACUACCCGAAUUCAAAAGUAUUCCAAAGUAUAGCAGAACAAAUAAGGAGUUUUUUCCAAAAAGAAAUUGUUUUAGAAACUGUGUAGAGAAUAGCUUAUAUAUUCUUUUUUGCUGCUUUUCCUACUCUCCAGAAACACAGAGUCAUACGAUUGACCAUAUUAGAGAUCCUUCUCCAGAUCUAAAAGCAUUUUUUGCUAAUAACAAAUUGCUUAUGGAAGAUAUGGACUUAAAUCUACACAUGGAAUGGAGUAAAGUUGUUUCAGACUUAAGUUGUCCAGAGAUUUCCUAUAAAGAAGGGGGACAUAACAUAAGAGCCGGCCUUUUAAACAUGCUGUGUAUUCUUUUGCAGAUUUCUGGGUAUUAUGAAAAGUUAAAAGAUGAACAUUUAGGCUACUUUACCCAAAUCAAUAGGAAUGCGCCAAUUAGCAGCCAACUGCGUAGAGACAUUCAGCAGUACACGGAAAAAGUCUUCACACUGCUUUCUAAUAACAAAAAUAUAUCUGUGCUUUUUGAGGAUUUUAUAGUAGACUACAGAACCGAUGAUAAAGUUGACGUAUUUGGAACUAUCUCCAUUAAAUAUAGUGUUAAUGAGAUAAAUUGUGGAAUACAGCUCUACUUAAAAAGCGGGCAUGCAAAAAUUUCUCUUCUUCCACAAAACAGAGCAGACACAAUUUCCCUGCCCUCUUCUCUCCAGUCUUUGGAAAAUAUGCACAAAAGAGAAAACUGUUUUAUUGGCCAUUUGGUUUCUCGCUAUAUCAGAUCUUCUAUAACAUGCAUUAAUGAAGAUGCAAUGUCAGAGUCAGUUCCAAAAGAUGUGAUUAGAGAGCUUUCCUAUACAGAUUUUCACUCUAUGAACGCUUUGCUUAUGGCAGGGAAAAUACAAAGCAUUAACUACAAAAAGAAUCUUAUACACUGCCUCGUGGCAUAUACAAUUGAAAAGAAGAUCGAUGCAGAACAUCCUGUGGCCCGGUUUAUUCACAACAUUUUAGGAAGCGUUCUUCUGUCUAAUUAUUGCACACAGCUAAAUAUGCUUUCCAGCGUAAUAUACAAUGGAUCCUACAAAAAGUGCUUUCCCAGCGUAAAAAUCCCUGAAAGCCUAUAUUUAAAAAUAGGGGUAUACAACGCCACAGAAAACAAAAAUAUUUUUAGUCAUAUUUUAGAGAGAGGCGAUCCAGAAAUUCUUCUCAUGGCUCUAGAUACGUUUAUUAAACUGGAAAAGAGCUAUGGGUCUGCGAACGUUCCAUUUUUAUCAAAAGAGCUUAUGGAGCCUAUGUUUGAUUGCAUAUUUAAAGAUGGAAACACUAUGCGAGCAGAAAAGCUUUUAUGUUUGAUAGAAAAGUACUGGUAUAAUAAAACAUAUGUAGCAGGCCUUCUACGAUUCAUAUGGCUUAUUUAUGCGUGUGAGAAAAUGGAUAUCAAGUAUGAAGUAAUUAGGUAUCUAUACACUAGGAUAAUUCCAUUAGACCUACAAUUGGAGCACAUAGGAUAUCUCUCGGACCGAAAAAACUUUAAAAAGGUUAUAUCUACUCUGAACACAAUGAAGAACGGCAUGUGUCUUGAAAAAGAUUUCCAAAAAUUAGAUAUGUUACUUUGCUUCUUUGAAAAAGUUGACAGCAUUUUAUGUGCUCAAGAAUACUAAGUAGCUAGACCAUUUAUUUAUACACUAGUGUGUUUAUAUUUUGUGAACUAUCUAUGUUCUAUUAAAAAUAAAAUAUUAUUUA